GGAGCUCCUCGGGUCGCCCCGGAAGCACCGGUGUCCCCGAGACACCCGGGACCGAGGGCUCACCCACCGGGAGCGGAGCCCAGACUCGCCCGGCGGUACCCGGUACCCGAGUCACACCGGCGAGUCCCGACCUCGCGCCGCGUCGAGCGCGCUUCGUCCGCCAGGUGCCCAGACGCCCCGCUGCCAGCCAGGUGACUCAGCACCGCCCGGAUCAACAGGACCUUCGCCCCUUUCCCUCUCCCAGGCUGAGCCGGCUGCCGCUCCCCCUCCCAGAACUCCCCGCCGCCAGCGCCCGGCCAACAUGCCCGCGGGCCCGGCCGCCGGGGGCCAGCGCUGGGUCAUGCGGCUCACCUACGUGCUCACCACCCUGGAGCUCACCACGCUCUUCAUGCAGUUCUCCGUCCUGCCAUACCUGUCUCGGUCGCUGGGCCUGGACUCGGUCAGCUUCGGCUACCUGCAGACGACCUUCGGGGUGCUCCAGCUGCUGGGGGGGCCCGUGUUCGGCAGGUUCGCGGACCAGCGCGGGGCGCGGGCGGCGCUGUCCCUCUCCUUCCUGGCCGCCUCCGCGCUCUACCUGCUCCUGGCGGCCGCCUGCGUGCCCGCCCUGCCCGGCGUCCCGCUGCUCUUCGCCUCGCGCCUGCCCUCGGUGUUCAUGCACGCCCUCCCAGCCGCGCAAAUGGUGGUCACAGACCUGACUGCGCCCGCGGAGCGGCCCGAGGCCCUGGGCCGCCUGGGCCUCUGCUUCGGCGUGGGCAUCAUCCUCGGCUCCCUGCUCGGCGGGACCCUGAGCACCGCGUUCGGGAUUCUUUGUCCCAUCGUGGUGGCCCUGGUGGCCAACCUCCUAGGAGCCGUCCUCAGCCUGGCCUGCAUUCCCAGCACCACCAAGAAGGCACAGGCCCCGCCUCCAGGUGGAGCCAAGGCCAGCGUGUUUGACCUGAAGGCCAUCACCCGCCUGCUGCUGCUGCCGGGCGUGCUGCCCGUGUUCCUCAUCAAGGUCAUCUCCGGCCUCCCCUCAGGACUCUUCAUGAUCAUGUUCUCCAUCAUCUCCAUGGACUUCUUCCAGCUGGAGGCCGCGCAGACCGGCUACCUCAUGUCUUUCUUUGGGGUCCUCCAGAUGGUGGUCCAGGGUCUGAUCAUCGGGCGGCUGAGCCGCCGCUUCUCGGAGGAGAACUUGCUGCGGGCCAGCGUGCUGGUCUUCACCAUGGUGGGGCUGGGCAUGGUUCUGAUGUCCAGCGUCUUCCACUUCUGCCUUCUGGUGCCCGGCCUGGUGUUCAGCCUGUGCACGCUCAAUGUGGUAACGGACAGCAUGCUGACCAACUCCAUCUCCUCCGCAGACACAGGGACCAUGCUGGGCCUCAGCGCCUCUGUGCAGCCGCUCACCCGCACGGUGGGGCCCACCUUGGGUGGCCUCCUGUACCGCAGCUACGGAGUCCCUGUCUUCGGCCACGUGCAGUUCGCGGUCAACGCCCUCAUUCUCCUGGUGCUCUGGAGGACGCCAGUGUCCCAGAGCAGGGACAAAGCCCACUAACCCACUGCCCCAAGCGCGGGAGGACAAUAAACUCUCUGGGACUUUU